CGCCUCGACUUGCAACAGUUCAAUGCUAUUGUGAUUAAUGCCGUGCAGGAGAAUGCUACGUUUCUCAUCAUUGCAUGGACGACCACCUUCUUCGUCAAGUUCUCGUUCUUGGCCUUUUUCAAAGGCUUGAUUCGGCUCGUGGACCGGAUUAAGUAUUACUACUGGACUGUGGUCGUCUUCACGGUCGUUUCGUGGAUGUUUCUGGUUUCGGAGCCCUUCAUCCUGUGCUCGGACUUUGGUGUCUUGCUUCGAUCACUCCAAGGAUAUUCUCUACAUCUCCAUGACUGGUUUGGUCACCGGGCUGGAUGCACUCUCGGACAUCUUGAUUGCGACCAUCCCCAUCAUUAUCAUCCACCGCGCUCGAUUGCGGACGAUGCAGAAGAUUAGUCUUGGGAUGUUCCUCUGCCUCAACCUCGUCAUGGUCUGCCUCGCCAUCACCCGUGUGAGCAAGAUCCAUGGAGCAGCAGGUGUGGACGUGCCGUGGGAGUUCUUCUGGCAGUAUAUCGAAGCCGCAGUGGCCGUCAUGAUGGGAUCACUGACCGUCGUUCGGUCCCUCUUCGCUCUUCGCGACGAGCGCAAUAGAGCCAGAGUAGCCGUAGCGAGGCCCCGGCCACUUGCACAGUCAUUUUUUAACCGCGUGCGCCUCCUGCACAACAACAAGGAGCACGUCGGUCUCGAGUCGCACGAUAAUGAUGCCCUGCCCGAGGUCCCCAGUGCUACCAUGAUGGGCUUACGUACCUUCAUCCGCCGCAACAACCGUGAUUCCGGCUCGCAGAUGACGCAGGUGCCGUUAGAGGGAAUAUCACAGCAAGACACGGUGGUCGAGCUUGAUAACUAUAACUCGCGGCAGGAUGCUGUAGCUGAGCUUGACAACCCGCAGGGCUACCCAGUGGCCGAGCUUGACAGCGCCCGUCCGACGGUCAUGUAUGAGCAGCCCAGAUUUGAUAGUAACCGACGUGUCCACGAGUAAUCGGGGUUGGCCGUCCUGCACUGUGACCUGGACACCUAGGCAGCCAUAGAAAAUGAUGAGACAAUUUCUAGCGAUUCUAGGAGUACUUGUCCCGCAGUAGCCGCUUCGCAGCAUUGAAUCAAGAUCGGUUCAGAGGA